AUGUCUCAACCUAAAAAAGGCGGUUUAAAAGUUUUAGAAUUCUAUGAGGUUAAACCUUGGCUGGAGCUACCUUUAACAGGGGGUAAAAAACCAAACAAAACUGUUUCCACCAGUGAUAAGUUAUGGGCUAAAAAUGACCGUCAAUUAUGGAAACAGACCAACCUUAGGGUAGAGAUUAAGCAAAUGCUUAAUGUGCCACCGGCACUAGGAGCCUUAUCUCGGAGGUCAAGCCGAGGUCAAAGAAGCCGAAGAGUUAGUCAAGGACAAAAAGUCGGAGAAAUCCAUAGUUUAGGAAGAUUUGUAGUGGGAAUAGGCAGUAUUCACCAAAGUGGAAAAAGAUAUAGUUUAAAAGGCAAAAAAGGUUUAGAAAAUAUCUGCGAUUUAGAACCUUAUUGUCCCAAACCCCCACCGCUUAGCAAAAAAGCCCAAUAUUUUCAAAAAAAAGCGAAAUUGGAAGAGAGAGUUGCCCAGAACCCCCGCCAAGAUUUAUUGAAUAUCUGUUAUAUUUGCUUAGUUUAUUUUGUCAAAGAAACCGAGACAAUCAAAGCCCAUUUGGUAGAAAAAGAUUUAGCCGCCGACCAAAGCGAAAAAAUUAAGCAACUUAGCCAAAAUAUUCAAGAUUUAGAAAAUAAUUUAGCCGGAGAAAAAGCAACAAAUAAUCUUUUUCAGCAAAAAUUAAGCGAUUUAGAAAACUCUUUAUUAGCCUUGGCAAAGAAUAAACUAAAAGGCAAAGCCGAAUAUUUAAAAUUGCAAAAUAAUAAUAUUAUGGAGGAUAAGGAGAAAGUGGAGGAGAUUAGUGCUGAGUUAAUAGAUAAUAUUAGGAAAGAGGCUGGGAUUAUAAAGAAAUUAGAAGGAGGAGAAUUAGAUUUAAGAGACUUUGCGAAUUUAGAAAAAAUUAAGGUUUCUAGUUAUAUGGGUUUAAGCACUCCUAUUACAUCAAUUAAGUUGGUAAAAAAUUCGGAAAAAUUAAAAAGCAUAAAUAUUUCUAAUAAUAACAUUCAACCGAAUGAUAUUGAAAUGUUUAGUGGAUUCAUUAACCUAGAAAGUUUGCUAAUAGGAACAGAAUAUCCAAACGAAAAAUAUAACAGAUUUUUUGGUAAUUUAAAUAGUCUGAAAAAUAUGCCGAAUUUGUCUUAUUUAUGUAUCGAAGCCACGGAUGUGGAUGGUGGUUUAGAAUAUCUUCAAGGUCCGUUAAGAAAACCUUUUGUGGAGGAUGGAAGAGAAAGAAUUUCUUGUAUUCCUCAUAGAGUUGAUGCUAAAGUUAAAAAAAAAUACCAAGAUAAAUCCCAAUUAAUCACUGAAUUAGAAACCAAAAUCACCCAAACCCAAACUGAACUCCAAACCGCGAAAAUCCAAGAAGCCGACAAAACUAAAAAAAUAAGAAGAUUAGAAAGUAGUCUCCGACUUCUAACCGCCACCAAAACUCGCUUAGAAACUGAAUUAGCCACCGAACAGCAACAGCAUAAUCAGACUAAAACUAAUUUCCAGUCCCAAUUACGGGACUUAGCCACCAUACUUUUUCCCCUUCACCCUCUUCCUACUAAUAUUAACUUUGCUGAUUUGAAAAGUCAAAUCCAAAAAAAUAUCCAAAGUCAAAUCCAACAAAUCAUUAAUCUCCAAAAAGCCUUAGUAGAAGAAGGAAAACACCGCCAAAGAAAUUUUGAAAGUGCCAAAGCCGGAGCCGAAAGAGUUAAAGAAAAGAAUGAGGAACUAAAAUUAAUUCAGCAGAAAAAUAAAGAGUUAGCAACCAAAAUCUCAGAAUUAGAAAUCUCCUCCCAAAAUCAAACCAAACAAAUCACCCAACUAGAAACUAAUAACCAACAAUUAUUAAAACUUCUCCAAACUACCGAGCAAGAAUUAACUAAUACCAAAAAUCAACUAACUCAAAUUCAAGAAAAAAUAACCCAUUUAGAACAGCAAAAAACUCAAACCAACCAAACCAUUACUAAUUUAGAAAGUCAAAUUGAAGUUAAAAAAGGUGAAUUACAGCAAGGAAAAGAUACUAACAAUAAAUUAUUCUCAGAACUAACCACUGCUAAAAAUCAAUCAGCCACUAACCAAGAAAAAAUCAAGCAACUCCAAUCUAAAAUCAAACUCUUAGAACAGCAAAAAACCACCUACCAAACUAAAUAUGAUAACGAAGCCAUAAAUUUUGACCUGUCAUUGGAAAACCAAGAAUCAACUUAUAAAAAUCUCUAUCUUUUACGCGGUAAAGGCAAAAAAGAAAGCAAGUUUUUAGAGCAAGUUAAAAAAGAAAUGAAUAUUGCCCAAAAUAUUGAAUUAUCUCCCCACACCCUCCGCCGAUGCUUUGCUACUCACCAAGUCAUUUCCGGAAUGCCUUUACCAGUUUUACAAAAAGUAUUAGGGCAUAGCAAAGUAUCUACUACCGCUUUAUAUAUCCGAGAUGGCGAUUUAGAAAAUUUGGUGAAAUUCCGCCCUGUCUAA